UUUACUGACAGAAUUGAUACGGGCUCAACUGACAUGGAGGCCCGGUUUUGUGAAUGAGGCCCAGUCCGACCCGACUCAGCUCGGCUCGGCCCUGAUAACGAAAGGCCGGAGAGGGUGUUCCGCGGCGGGGGAGACACAAGGACAACGACCGCUGCGAGAAAAAAGGAGAGGGAGACAGAGAAAGCAAGGAGAGAUCCAUUUCGGAACUCAGUUGAUUCAACGACGUCGCCGCCAUUUUGUUGACACUUCGUGUUUUUAAUAUUGUUAUAUUUUUAUUAUUAUUAUUACAAUUUUAAAUUAUCGUCAAGAAAAUCUUAAUCUUUUUACUCUUGUUCAGUUAUAUUAUAGAUAAUAAUAUAUUUUAUGUGACUGAACUGUCUGUGAGCUGUACCCACACUAGCUAGCUAGCUUGAUAUAUUCACACAUAAAUAUAUUGUAGCUAGCUAGCUAGCUCUAGACAGCUAGCUGUAGCAGCUAGCUAUUAAAUAACAAAAUGCAUUAGCUAGCACGUCUCCGCUAGCUAGCCAGCUAGCUAGCUGGCUAAUAGACGAAACGACAUAGACUGACACACAGGCUCACAUAGCUAGCUACGUAGCUAACUAACCCAGCGUGAGAAAUUGAUACAACGUGCCUAGCUAGCUGCGAAUGAUGCAAAAUAAACAUUAUCGAUACAGCUAGCUACUGUACCUCAUCACACACUGAAUGAAUUGUACUUCGCUGUAGCUAACGUUAGCUAUCAAAUGAGAGGGACAGGAGCGCUCACCACGAUUAUUGUAUCUGCGCCUUAAAACAAUUAUAACGACUUGCUCUUUCUGUUUUUAUAAUUUUUAGGACGAUUGAACCACCAUUGCUAUGCCUCUCGUGAUCUAAUAACUUGCUAUUUCAUGGGAAAUGCCUUGUUAGUAUUUUUUUUUCUGUUUGUACGACGAUUUUGGGACUGUAUGCGUGGCCGAACCCUUCAGCCCGAGGUCUAACGGUGGUCGUACUCUGUGUCAAGGUUGUGGGGGGGUAGGUUGCUAGUUGUAUUUAUGGAUUUGUUCGCCAUCCUUAUUAGUAUUAUUAGCAAGCUGUCUUACUGUCAACAUCAAUACUUAUAACUUGGUACAGGUCAUUCUUUCCCCCACGUUUUUACUAUUUGGCAACAUCGGAGUUCCUUUGCUUUAUCACGUUGAGACUGUUUUGAAUAUUUUGCCAUUUUGAAAACGAAAAAAACGACGAGGAUCAAAAUAAAGCAUUGACCAUGUUGAUACGCAAGGAGAGUGGAUUUCAAUCCGAAUGAUGUGAAUACCGUUUUUGGACUUGCACCGUGAGAGAGAGGACUGGUUUGUUGCAAGAGGAUAAAACGACAGCCAAUCAACCAGGAUUGCUUUUCUGACCACCCCAGUCCCCUUCCCCUUCUCCCUUCUCCCCUUAUCCCUCGCCCUCCAUCUUUCCCUACAAACUGUACUGGGCGACAAUACCAUUCCCUUCUGUCCCACAUACUCCCCCCCCCAAAUCUCUGAUGGAUCAGAGAACUCAGGGGGGGCCACCAACACCACCCCCCCUCCCCCCCGUAGCUCCUCCAGGGGAGUCGGAGAAGGAGGGAGGGGGUGGGAAGAAUGAGGAGGAGAAGAGAGAGAAGGAGAGAGAAGGCGCCACACCAGAUGCUUCAGCUGGAGGGGGCAGCGCUAGCAGUGAACAGCAGCAGCAGUUUUCAGUCAAAGAGACUACCUUCUCGGAGGGCAAUGUCAAACUCAAGAUCGGUCUACAGGCAAAGCGAAUGAAGAAGCCACCCAAGAUCCUGGAGAACUACGUCUGCCGGCCGGCCAUCAGGACCUCUGUGAGACAGAGCCGCGGAGGUGGGCGGGGCAGUCGUGGAGGUGGGGCCAACAGCGGGGGCACAGGGAGUAACCACGUGCCCAGCCCCUCACAUGACAGAGACAGAGAGCGGAGCCCGUCUCUGAACCCCAUCACCAACCAGCCCCCGCCACCUUCCUCGUCUCUGUCAGCUGCUCCCCCAACUCCUCCUCCUCCUGCUCCACCCACCUCUGUCACAGGCAACAUGUUAGGCAAAAGGGCUCCCCCCAAGCUGGCCCGUAAGUCAGAGGUGAAAUCAGACACAUCAUCGGAGAGACCAUUGAAUCUUCACCGCCCUGAUGCUGAUGGCAAACUUCCCCGCUCUGGAAAGAAAAGCCCCUCUUCCCCAACCAACUUCCCAGCUUCCUCUACCCCAACACCUCCAUCCCCAGCCCCUUCAACACAGGACACCAACGCCGAAGGAGUCUCCAAAACACCCACGCCGCAGUCCCCCCAAACUGACGGCCAGAGGGAGAAGGACCGGGGUGUCCUAAAUGGGGGGGCGCCCACCGUCACGGAGAAACUGGCCCAGCUCAUUGCCACAUGCCCCCCCUCAAAAUCGGCAAAGGGCAAGAUUCGCAAGCUGCCCUCUGUCGCUGCCCCCACAAACGCGAACAUAGCUCCAACUGCCAUUUCCCCCAGUCCCCCACGGCCAGACCCUGUUGCAUCAAGCAGAACAACAGGUUCCUCUCCUCCAUCCAAUUCCCAGCCGGCCCACCCUCCUCCUGUCUCCCGCCCCCCUGGCCGCCCCCCUGGUCCACGACACAGAGACAGUAUUUUGGAGAAGUUUUCCACCCCUCCUAAGAAAGAAGAAGUGGGCUGUGAAGGCAAGGGCGCCAACAGCAGUAACGGCAGCACUGCAAGCACUAAUGGUACCAGCAGCUCUACAACCACCGCAAGCAGCAACGGUGUCAAGCAACAUACGCAUCUCACCUGCCCUCCUGCAUCAACUUCAGCACCCCCACUUUCUUUAGAUCAGAGGGUUGGGGGAGCGCCAGAUGGCCGGCGUGGCUCGAGCACCUCCCUUGUCAACCUUUCAAGAGGAGGUCCGACCCAGACAGAGGGCAGUGAUAGAGACAGAGAAAGAGACAGAGACAAAGACAGUCCCAGGGACUUGAGCAUGAACAAAUGCCCUCCCCCCUCAGGACCUGUGAGGCAGGAGAGUAGCAGCAAGGCGGCUGUAUUGUCUUCUGCUGGGCAGAGCAAAAAGAGUACUAGUCCAACCAAGCCAAGUCCAAAUCGGGACAGAGGUACCAGUGGAACAGCCCCUUCCGAUUCCACAAGACAAACUGCUUCACCUUCAAAUCCUCCCACUACCAGUGUCUCUGUGCCUUGCUCAGAUGACAUCAACGCUCUCCCUAGUUCCCCCCCAGAGCAAGACUGCAAACCCCUCAAGAAACGCAAAGGCCGACGUCCACGUUGGACUCGGGUUGUGAAUCGGACACAUAGACUGACACAGGGCAAGGAAUCUCCCUUGAGUGCCACUGCUAAUUGUACUGAUCAGCAAACCUCUAAAUUGCGCAAAUCCUCCUUAUCCACAUCAUCACCUUUGCCUCUGCCUCCACAUAAACCCAGGCCUGUGGGACGACCUCCUAACCCAAAUCGGGUCCCUCCUGCUACCUCCCAGCUCCUCCAAGCUCCUCCCAGGAAGAGGGGUCGCCCCAAAUCCAAGAUGCCUAGGCUGGAUGCCCCUGUCCCUCGACGCUCUCUCAAAUUACCCCCCUCCAAGGUCUACUCUUUGCUCAAAUCCAAAGAGGAGGACCCGCCUGUCUUGCAUCCAGAAGUAGACCUGAAUCCUCCAAAGCCUAUGCCCAGAAAGCGUGGACGUCCCAAACGCUUGCCCCCUACCCUCCCUCAGGAGACCCAACCCCCAACCUUAGCACCUGAGGAGCAGGGGGGAGGUGGGUUGACCGUUGGGGAGGGCAUGGAAGGGGACAAGCAUUUCCGCAAGAAGGGCAACGGGCAGCUGAUGAUGAAAACCAUAAUUCGCAAAAUCAACAAAAUGAAAACCAAGAAGCGCAAGCGUCUUCUCAAUCAAAUCCUGCUGGGACCCGUGGCAGGAGUCGGGGGUGCUAGAGGUGAGGCUGAGUCCUCUCGCAGGACAGGGACAGGGGUAGUGGGCUCAGUUGCUGCUGCAACACACUCCUUAUCCUCCCUCGCGGCCUCUUUUGGAGGCAAAUUGGGUCCCCAAAUUAAUGUCAGUAAAAAAGGGACAAUAUACAUGGGCAAAAGGAGAGGGCGCAAGCCUAAGGCUUCAACCAACCCUUCUGCCAAUUCCUCUGCUACCCCUCCUGAACCUUUUCUGUCCCCGACCUCCGCGUCACCCCUACACCAUCACUCCCAGUCUGUACAUGCACAGCAGCAACAGUUACCCCCAUCAGAGGUCUUUCCCUCCCCCUCUCUCUCACAGUCUAGUAGGGCCCAGAGUCCGGUCAGUGAUGCAGGCUUUGUGGAGCCAGGGUCCGUGCACUUCUUGCAGCACCCACACUGCAGCCACUCCCACCACGCCCACCAUUCCUUCCCCCUCCCUCCACCGUCCUCCCCGGCCCUCUCUCCUCGACCCCUCGUCCCUUUGGGCUCGUCGUCCUCCAUCACUCCCUCGCUGAAAAAGUCCUCGUGUCGCGGGCACCACCACCACCACUACCGCCACCAGUACCAUUACCGAAAGCUGUCCCCUCCCCCACCCCUGCUGCCCACGUCCCCUGCGCACCUGAGCGAGCUUAAGGAAGCCACCCCUUCGCCUGUCAGCGAGUCGCACAGCGAGGAAACUGUACCCAGUGACAGCGGCAUUGGGACAGAUAACAACAGCACCUCUGACCGGGGGGAGAAAGGAGGCGGUAGUAGCGGGGUGGGUGGUGUGGGUAUCACCCAGGGCAUGGCGGCAGGAAUGAUGAUGCCCGGGGUAGUGGGAUCUGUAGCGGGUGUAGGGGUAGGGGUCAGUCCCCGUGGCAGACGGAGGCAUUCGUCCUCAGUGUUGCUCGACCACCCCUCUCCCUCUCCUUCCCCCUUGGGCCCUGGGACGUCACCAGACCCCUGCCGGACUCAUGCUCCCCCGCCACCAUCGGCGCUGGUGGGCCACAAGGAGAAACAUAAGCACAAGUGCAAGCGGCGGGGACACAGCUGCCCUGGGUAUGACAAACUGAAGAGACAGAAACGCAAGCGCAAGAAGAAGUACCUACAGCUCCGGUCUCGCAGGCAGGAUCCGGACUUUCUGGCUGAGCUGGAGGACCUGAUCAUCAGGCUGAGUGAGAUUCGGAUAGCACACCGCAGUACGGUUGGGUUAGGGAGUGGCUUGGGACUAGGCAGUGCCGGGACUGGAGGGACAGGCAUUGGGGCUGGUGGGAGUAGCGGUGGCAGCAGCUUAGGGAGCAACAGUCACCCACUCCCUCAUCACUACUUGGCCAGAGACCUCCUCCCCACCAUUUUUAGGAUCAACUUCAGUGGGUACUACUCUCCGCACCCAGCCUACCCAUGUGACUCCCUUCACUAUGUCCGGAAGCCAGACCUCAAGAAAAAACGCGGACGCCCACCUAAGCUGCGUGAGGCGAUGGCAGAGGUACCGUUUGUCCAUGGGCUGGGGUUCCCCCUGUCAGGAGCUGGAUACUACCACCCCUCCUACAGUGUUCCCUACUCCACCACCCCUCUUGGAUUGAGCUACUAUAGAGGAUACCCACCAGCUGCAGCCCUGUAUCCCCACCCGCACCACCCACAGCCUCAUCCCCCUCCACCGCACCCACACCACUCCCCUUCCUUCCCCCCACCCCCUCCGCCCUCCUACAUGCACCACCAUGCCCCUCACCUCUUGCUCAACCCUGCUAAAUUUCACAAGAAGAAACACAAGCUUCUCAGACAGGAAUUUUUAGGAGGGGGCAGGUCUCCUGUGCUCUACCCCGCUGUGCCCCCUGAGCUGUCCUACAGCUGGCUUCAUGAACACAAACACAAACACAGGCACAAGCAUCGGGACCGACGGGAGGAGGAGGGUGGGGCAGAGGGGGGAGGUGCCGCGGGAGGGAGGGUGUCUGGAAGUAGAGGAAUGGGAGGAGGCGGUGGGGGAAUGAUGGACUCACUGAGACGUUACCGGUACGGAAAAGAUCCCACUUCUGCCACCAAUGCUUCUAAUUCAACAGCCCCUGCGGCAAACUCCCCUUCUUCCUCCUCCUCCUCCUCAGCGGAGAGGUACAAACAUAAGGACACAUCUCUGUCCUGCCUGGGGCCUUCGUAUCUGUCAUCAGCUGGAGCGUCCAGGGGGCAUGCACACCUGGAGCCCUGGCUGAGGAGAGGGAGCCCUGAAUCGGACUAUGCCAACCUGUCCCAGAACCCCAGCCAAGACUCGUUCGCAGGAGGACAGCAGCCAGACCUCGCAGGAGGUUCGGACAGUGAAGAAGAGGAGCCUCAGACUCCACCACCAAUGUCCGCGCACUCACAUGCCUCCACGCAUCAUACCAACCUGUUUGCCACUGCCCUGAGCCGGACAGUCCCCGCGGCUGGAAGGGGCAAGAGGGGUGGAAGCACAGUCAGUGCCAGGAACUUUGCAGGAUUGGACAAGACGCUGAGGAAGGACCGCCCUUCAUCAGCGGAGAGGAGAGAGACAGGAAUGACGGUGGGCGUUCAGACACGGGGUUCACGCUCUGUCGCCCCCGAGUGUUCAGAGGGGGGACUGCACCACCACCAUCACUCUCAGCCGAGCCCGCAGCUCAGCCAACUUCACGGGCACUCGCACUCACACUACCUUUCCCGGCACUCACACUGUAGCCAUGACGCUCUCGGGGGAGGGGGACAGGGGCCCGGGAGACCCCCCAGCCGGGAGAGAGGGAGCGGUAGCCGCCAGGCGAGCCCCUCUACACGCUCCUCUCAAGCCUGUUACCUGGACGCCCCUGCUUCCCCGCACCAUUCAAAUCAGUCGCCCUCCCACCACCCUCCCUCUCAUUCGUCUGGCCAGGGGUUUGAGAGGGUGCUGUCCACUAAGCGCAGCCUGAACCACGUCAACAAGAUUCUCAAGGCUAAGAAGUUGCAGAGGCAGGCCCGCACGGGCAACAACGUGGUGAAGAAGAGGCGCCCGGGACGUCCCAGGAAGUAUCCCCUGCCCUCCCCGCCGCCCUCACCUCCGCCCCCAGAGGUACCCCCCCCUCAGCACAGAGAUAGAGGAGGAGGAGGAGGGGGGGGUGAUACAGUUUCCGAUGUGAUCGAGGCCGUGGUGCAGGGUCAGCACAGGAGGGGUCAGAAGAGGAAGCGCUGGGCCAGAGACCGAGAUGGAGAGGAGGGGGAGGAAGAGGAGGAAGAACAGGAGGAAGAUGAAGAGAGCGCAGGGGGAGCACCCAGGGGAGGAGACAGAAGAGGCUGGCUCACCCAGGAGGAGAUGCACUGUUUCCGCAGAGCUCUGGAGGGUAAGGCUGAAGGCCACUCCUCCCGGGAACAUUUGGUGCCGUCACCACUGGAACAUGCCCCGGCCCUAGCCCUGAGCAGCCAACGGGAAAAGAGAGCUGCCAGACCGCCCAAGAAGAAGUUCCAGAGGGCGGGGCUCUACUCUGACGUGUACAAGACUGAGGAUCCUCGCAGCCAGCUGUUGCAACUGAAGAAAGAGAGGCUGGAGUACACGCCAGGGGAGCACGAGUAUGGCCUCUUUCCAGCUCCCAUCCAUGUCGGGAAGUAUCUGAGACAGAAGCGCAUUGAUUUCCAGCUCCCCUACGACAUCCUGUGGCAGUGGAAGCACAACCAGCUGUACAAGAAGCCUGACGUCCCUCUGUACAAGAAAAUCAGAUCUAAUGUGUACGUGGAUGUGAAGCCUUUCUCGGGGUAUGAGCCAACCACCUGUAACUGCAAGCAGCCAGAAAACCGUGCCGAUAAGGGCUGCAUCGAUGACUGCCUCAACAGGAUGAUCUUUGCGGAGUGCGCGCCCAACACCUGCCCCUGCGGGGAGCAGUGUGACAACCAGCACAUCCAGAGGCACGAGUGGGUGCAGUGCCUGGAGCGCUUCCGCGCCGAGGGCAAGGGCUGGGGCAUCCGCACCAAGGAGCCGCUGCGCGCCGGCCAGUUCAUCAUCGAGUACCUGGGGGAGGUGGUCAGCGAGCAGGAGUUCCGGAACCGUAUGAUCGAGCAGUACUACAAGCAUAACGACCACUACUGCCUGAACCUGGACAGCGGCAUGGUGAUUGACAGUUACCGCAUGGGGAACGAGGCACGCUUCAUCAACCACAGCUGCGAGCCCAACUGCGAGAUGCAGAAGUGGUCAGUAAAUGGAGUGUACCGGAUUGGUCUGUUCGCUCUGAAGGAUAUGGACAGCGGCACAGAGCUCACCUACGACUACAACUUCCACUCCUUCAACACAGAGAAGCAGCAAGUGUGUAAGUGUGGCUCGGAGAGCUGCCGGGGCAUCAUCGGGGGAAAGAGCCAGCGGGUCAACGGGCUUCCUGGGAAGGGGGGCGGAGCCGGGGGCGGGACCCGGAGACCGGGCCGACUCAAGGAGAAACGCAAGUCCAAGCAUCAGCUCAAGAAGCGGGAGGAAGAGUCCAGCGACAGUGGGAAGUUCUCUCCUCAUCUGCACAUGAAGCCCAUGUCCAACAGAGAGAGGAACUUUGUGCUGAAGCACCGGGUUUUCCUGGUCAGGAACUGGGAGCGCGUGAGGGAGAAGCAGGAGCUGCUGAAGAGGGAGGGAGAGCGUGAGCGGGAGAGAGACAGAGAGAGGGAGGGCGGCAGCCUCUCGCUCUACAGCCGCUGGGGGGGAGUCAUCAGAGACGACGGCAACAUCAAAUCAGACGUGUUCCUGACGCAGUUCUCGGCGCUGCAGACGUCGCGGUCGGUGCGCACGCGGAGACUGGCGGCCGCCGAGGAGAACAUGGAGGUCACGCGCACCGCCCGCCUCGCGCACAUCUUCAAGGAGAUCUGCGACAUGAUCAUCAGCUACAAGGACUCAUCCAGUCAUACCCUCGCUGCCCCACUGCUCACUCUGCCCUCCAGGAAACGGAAUACACAGUACUAUGAGAAGGUCUCUGACCCUCUGGACCUCAGCACCAUUGAGAAGCAGAUCCUAACUGGCCACUAUAAGACCGUGGAGGCCUUCGACACCGACAUGCUUAAAGUCUUCCGCAACGCAGAGAAGUACUACGGGCGCAAGUCCUCGGUGGGGCGGGACGUCUGCCGCCUGCGGAAGGCUUACUACGGGGCGCGGCACGAGGCCGCCGUCCAGAUCGACGAGAUCAUGGGCGAGACCGCCAGCGAGGCCGACAGCUCCGACUCGCUGGAGCGCGACCACGCCCACCAGCACCACGGCCGGGCGGGCUCGCACGACAAGGAUGACGACGUCAUCCGCUGCAUCUGCGGCAUGUACAAGGACGAGGGCCUGAUGAUCCAGUGCGAGAAAUGCAUGGUGUGGCAGCACUGUGACUGCAUGCGGCUCAAGGCGGACGUGGAGCACUACCUGUGCGAGCAGUGUGACCCCCGGUCCGUGGACAGGGAGGUGCCCAUGUUGCCCCAGCCCAGUUAUGCCCAGUCUGGCUCCGUCUACUACAUCUGUUUGUUGAGAGACGACCUGCUGCUGCACCAGGGUGACUGUGUGUACCUGAUGAGGGACAGCCGGCGUACCCCAGAUGGCCAGCCCGUCAGACAGUCCUACCGCCUCCUGUCCCAUGUCAACAGGGACAAACUGGACAUCUUCCGUAUCGAGAAACUGUGGAAGAACGAGAAGGGCGAGCGUUUCGCUUUUGGACACCACUACUUCCGCCCCCACGAGACGCACCACUCCCCCUCGCGCCGCUUCUACCACAACGAGCUGUUCCGUGUGCCGCUCUACGAGAUCAUCCCUUUGGAGGCCGUAGUGGGAACCUGCUGUGUCCUGGACCUCUACACCUACUGCAAGGGACGGCCCAAAGGCGUGAAGGAGCAGGACGUGUACAUCUGCGACUACCGCCUGGACAAGUCAGCUCACCUCUUCUACAAGAUCCACCGCAACCGCUACCCCGUCUGCACCAAGCCCUUUGCCUUCAACCACUUCCCCAAGAGGCUGACCCCCAAAAGGGACUUUUCGCCACACUAUGUCCCGGACAACUACAAGAGGAACGGAGGGCGGUCCUCUUGGAAGAGCGAGCGGCCCAAGCUGGUGUGUAAGGACGGCCUGGGCGGCGUGGGCUGCGAAGAAGACUCGUCCUCUGGCGACCCCCGGCUCUGUGACGGAGGAGGGGGGCCCCAGAUGGACAGCGAGGAGGGAGGCGGGGAGGGGGACAUGGACAUUGUUCCCGGAGAGCCCCCGCCCCUCCUGUCCCAUCCGCCGCACCCGCCCACAGCCUCUCAACCACAGACCCCCCAAGACAGAGGCGGCGAGGAAGAGGAGGAGGCAGAGCUGGAGCAGGGAGAAGCUCUGGAGACGCCCUCCUCCUCCUCGUCCCUCCACCACUCUGAGCUGGGGAGGAGAGAGGCGCAGAGGGACCGGCUAAACAAGAUACUCCUGAACUUACUGCACCAAACACCCAGCAAGAAUGUCAUAGACGUGACCUAUCUAUUGGAGGAGGGAUCUGGGCGGCGACUACGCAGGCGGACGCUGGGAUUGGGUGACUUCGGUGGCAGGAAAUGAUGUCACCCGCUGCACCUCAUAAGCCACGCCUCCUUCACCCCUUCUGAUGCAAUGGCAGAGAAAUGAAGGAAGCCAGUGGUCGCAUGAAAGAAACGGGGAUGAGCGAGAGAGACAAUGAGGGGUAAACCCUUCUCUCCUCCUCCACUCAGCCCCGCCCCCCGCACGCCUGCUCUUCUCUCCUGUCUCUCUUUCCCCGAAGAGAUAGACGUCUGGCAGACAGGUGGACACUGUGGAGACAGUGUAAAAAGUAAGAGAUAAAAUGGAGGGAAAAGAAACCCAGUGUGUCGGGGGGCAGGGACACAGACACACACCCACACAGUGUACGGACAACGGACAAAGGAGACAAUGUGUCCAAAAACAAAAUGUUUCAAACGGAACUAGUAUUCCUGCGGGAAGAGCGACACACUAAAUACUUUGAUUAAAGUGGACACACUAAGAGUAGAGGCAGAAGUGGACAGCGAAUGAAUAGAAAUGUGAACAGACAGACAGCUUGCAGGAAGGAGCAGACGCGCCAGGUUCAGCGUGGACAGGAACAGAGGGAGCACCGUGAGACCUGAGGCAGACACCGUGAGAGUGAGUACGCUGGCAGUGUGGAGGAAGCACUGCUGUCAGGAGUUUAGAGGACAGAGCAUGGACAUUCACAACCUGUUGUGCUUUACUAUUAUACACGUCUUUUUUUGCAGAAAUAUUAUUCAGUAAAACCAGAGAAUGCACACACACAGACACACACACACACA